AAGAUUGCAGUAGCGGUGUACGAAUUGGUAGAAGAUAAUUUACGGCAUUUUCGUACUCCCUGUUUUGAUAGGUGAUCCCCGGAGCGUGGGAAGCUUCUGGCAGAAGAAAUUGUCCACAGCAGCAUUGUGCGCUUGUACGUGCGUGUAUGUGUUUGUACGAGUGAGUGUGUGCGUUUGUGUCUGACGCGUGUGUCAUUUUUCGGCCCUUGUGCGUGAAAAGCAACGGCGAAGAGCAGAGUAGUGUGUAAGCGCAGUGCAACUUGCUUUAUUGCUGGUGGCACAGAAAGAAAAAAAAAAACAGCCAACGAAGUGAUUUUUGGUCUGCAGAUUACGAAAGAAACGAUAGUAAUAGGAACAAGUACGCCCUGGUCGGCUGUUGGCGUUUGGAACGCGAAACACAUAGCGCCAGAGAACGGUGACGUCAGGAAGGAUCUAAAAAGGAUAACGUGCAGUGAAGAACAUGGCUGGCCAAACGAUCAAUGACAGGUUGCUGGCUGCACGGCACAGCCUUGCUGGACAAGGGCUUGCUAAAUCCGUGUGCAAGGCUACGACGGAAGAGAUGAUUGGCCCGAAGAAAAAACAUCUUGAUUAUUUGGUACAUUGUACCAACGAACCGAAUGUAUCAAUUCCCCAUUUGGCCACCCUCCUGAUUGAGCGAUCGCAGAAUGCUAAUUGGGUGGUCGUAUACAAAGCGUUGAUCACAACCCAUCACAUGUUGGCCUAUGGCAACGAGCGAUUUAUCCAGUAUUUGGCGUCCAGCAAUUCGUCCUUCCAACUGAACAAUUUUCUCGACAAGGGUGGAGUGCAAGGCGCUGUCGGUGCUCGUAUGGGUUAUGACAUGUCUCCGUUUAUACGGCGCUACGCUAAAUAUCUCAACGAGAAGGCACUGUCGUACCGUACAGUGGCCUUUGAUUUUUGCAAAAUGAAACGUGGAAAGGAAGAAGGAUCCUUGCGCGUGAUGCACGCCGAUAAACUUCUAAAAACGUUGCCGAUUCUGCAGGCUCAAUUAGAUUCGUUGCUGGAGUUCGAUUGCACUGCGAACGAUCUCACAAAUGGAGUUAUCAACAUGUGCUUCAUGUUAUUAUUCCGUGAUUUGAUUCGGCUGUUCGCUUGCUACAACGAUGGAAUCAUUAAUCUGCUGGAAAAGUAUUUCGACAUGAACAAGAAACAAUGUCGUGAUGCAUUGGAUUUGUACAAAAAGUUUCUUACCCGUAUGGAUCGUGUUGGAGAAUUUCUCAAGGUUGCAGAGAACGUUGGUAUUGAUAAGGGCGACUUACCAGAUCUUACCAAAGCGCCAAGUUCUCUGUUAGAUGCGCUUGAGCAGCAUUUACUGGCCCUAGAGGGUAAGAAGGGAUCAGCUGCAAACACGCCCACACAAACGGCAAGUAAUCAAAAGAAUGUAAAAAGUGGCGUUAAUGCUCUUACAUCGACCAGUUCAUCGUUUGGGAUUGUGGCGGAAUCAAGCAAGUUCGACAGCCCCACAAAUGGUAUGAUCGAUGAAAGCUUGAAAGCUCAAGUGUUGGCAGAAGAAGAGGCUGCGAUGAAUCAGUACAAGUCGAAAGUAUCAUCCCCCACCUCGGCCACGGCUAUCACAAACCCGUUCCUGUCGUCUCCAACCACUAGUCAAAACAACAUCGUCGAUCUUUUUGAGGCUCCAAAAGCUGUGCAGGACCAGCAAGCGUCCGCCGCGUCGUCCAAGGCGUCGGAUGAUCUGCUACAGUUGGGAAAUCCAUUUGCAGAUGUUUUCGCUACGCCAGCACCGGUUGCUAGUACGGUUCCAGUAGGAAGCACUAAUGCGUUUGCAGCUCCUAAUACAUGGAUGGGAAAUGGAGGGUUCAAUGGUAGUAUGGCAGCUGCAGCGGUCCCUGGAAUGGCUGGGCAAGCUGUUCAGAGUGGUGACACAUUUGUUUCCGAUAACAACUUUACUUCCGUGUUUGGUGGUAUGGAACAAAACGGAUCCAGCGCACCUCCGGCCGCUGCCACACAACCAGGCAAAGUAUUGACAGGCGAUUUGGAUAGUUCAUUGGCAUCUUUAGCCGAAAGUCUCACCAUCAACAAGUCCAGCUGUGGGAAAAACAUUCAAUGGAGCUCUCCGAAGACAUCAGCUAAAACUGGAUCAGCUGGAUGGUCACCGCAACCCCAACCAGCUACUAAUCAAACAGGCUACAAACCAAUGGCACAAGGUAUGGCUGUAUUUCCAGUUCCUAGCACAAUACAUCCAAGCACACACACUCCCCUUCCUGUAGUGCCAGGAUAUUACAUUCAGCAAGGAAUGACCCAGAUCAGGCCAAUGAUGGGCGCUACCAUGUCCGGAACAACACCCGCUAUGGCCCCUGGAAUGAUCCCUACCGGCAUGGCCCCUCAGCAACCGGUGCUUACUAGUCAACAGCCGAUGCACAUGCAACCGGCAAUGAUGCAACAACCAGCGUCUUCAAACGCGGGUGCCGCAGGCAAUAUCCAGCUGGAUCCAUUCGGAGCACUCUAAGCAAUGAA